AUGCUGGCAUUGUUGAAGCACCGUAUGCAGAGUCUACAGCCUGGGCAUGGCAGUAACACACACUUCAGAAGAGCUUUCGUCAAUGAAUUGCAAAGCGAACUUGAAGAAAUAUACCAAGUCAUGUCAUCAGGAAAAUCCCCAACCCUCCUCCAGCAAGCCCGAGAACGACUCUCCGCCAUAACGGACAGCAUUGCCGGCCAGCCUCACUUUACAUUCCCCGCCUUCGAUCAACUUCCCAAAGUCGCCGGUCAACCUCAAGGUUGCGCGUGGGGACUGUUCGACAAGCCUGGAAGUAAAGAUGAACUCGGGACAUUGAAUCUCCUUACACCAGAUUUGGUCCGGCAGGCUGCAUCGCAGGAAAUUCGGACCGGACAGCAUGUCCAGCUUGAUUGGUGUUUGUCGGAGAAUGUCGAGUUUCCUGGGUUUGGGAGGAGGAAGUUUGAGCAUACUGUACUGGACUCGAAGGCCGCUACGAAAGGUGCACAUACUGGACUAGAUGACGAGAUUCGAAUGAAUACGCAGAGUGGAAGUCAAUGGGAUAGUCUGAAGCAUUUCGGGCAUCAGAAGUCAGGCUUAUACUAUAACGGACUCUCGCACGAAGAAGCACUAAAGAGUCCCAGGAACGGCAUCCACAACUGGUGCGAACGAGGCGGCAUCGUCGGCCGCGGAGUUCUCGUCGACUGGCUGAGUUGGUACGAGAAGACCCACGGCGAUCCACCAUCGGCAGUAUCACGUCACGAGAUUCCCGUCUCCGAGCUCGACGAGACGCUCAAAUGGCAGGGAACCACGAUUCGGCCUGGGGAUAUUCUGCUCAUUCGCAGCGGCUAUACCAGAUGGCACAACUAUGCCUCUCCGGCGGAACGGAAGCGAGGCACGCAAGAAAAUGCCGUUGCGAUUGGUGUUCAGAACAACGAGGAGACCGUCCGGUGGUUGUAUGAUCAUCACUUCGCUGCUGUGGCGGGAGACACUAUUGCUUUCGAGGCCUGGCCGCCGCCUAUGGAGUCGGGUUGGUGUUUGCAUGAGUGGCUGCUCGUGCAAUGGGGUUGCCCGAUCGGAGAAUUGUGGAAUCUGGAGGAAUUGAGCAAGCUCUGUGAGAAGGAGAAGAGGUAUUCGUUCUUCCUGACCUCAGCUCCGUUGAACGUCAAGGGCGGAGUGGGCUCUCCACCCGGUGUGAUCGCUAUUCUUUGA